GUCCAAUUUCGUUCUCAUCAGUGCAUUUGUGUAGGGCCUGGUCCUCAUAAUGCUUUCUUGCGCACAAAGACGCGUGGCUCCCACACGGGCCGCCCAAAGGGCGACACAAGGUCGUGUCAGCGUGUUGCAAGUGCGGGCGCAGCGUACUUCAUCAGACCCAAGCCCGGAAAUCCUGUCGGCCUUCUUCUACGGCCGUGCCCUCGCCAUCACACUGAACCGGAGGCUCGGAGAGGCGGUCAUCGACUUCGUAUCCGAAGUCAGCAAGUCCUUGGCUGAGCGACCGCAGCGCAUCGCUGAGUUCCAGGAGGAGGUGCAGUCGCUUGCGAGCAAGGAGAUGAGCCGCAGUGGCUUCCUGCCGGAGCGCACUUCCUCCGGAUCGGGCUCCUCCGGAUCUGGGUCGGCGGGCAAGCCGGGAGGCGCCACCGGCAACGCUGGCGUCACCCUGCAGGACCCCCAGGCAGCCAUUGACGACCUCAGGGCGGAGAUCGCAUAUGCGCGUGCAUCUCUGAACGAGAUCCGCGCAGCACGGCAAGCGGGCGCGGCUGCGGGCACCGGCGCGGUGGCAGGGGUAGCUGCUGGCGCCGGUGCUGGCAGCCAGUCAUAAGCUGGUGGAGCCGCCGGCGGAUGGGGCGGAGCGGCGGCAGCGGGCGGAGCGGAUGGAGCAGGCGGAUCAGGAACACGAUUACAGGGACGGACGGAGUGCUGGAGCGUGGAGAAGUGAAGUUUUAACAGCAAUAAUGAGAGCAGGGGCAGUGAGCGGAGCGAAGUCGGCGCGGACGCAACACGUCAUCAGCACUCAGCCGACUACUACCGCCUGCCAUGCCGCAGCAUGAAGCGGGCAACAGUGACCCCAAUUGCAGUUGGGUGCCGGCGGCAGACUGGCAGCGGCGCGUGAUGCACGACGCGGCGAAAUGACUAGUGGCAGCAGCCGAAGCCGGAGCGGUGGAUGCCGGGUGCAGUGCAGUACAGGGGCGGCGCCGCGGCGGCUGAAUGCAGAGGACUCUGGGCAGGAGCAAGAUGGCUGCAGCGCUGUGGCAGGGCUGCGUAGUACAGACCUCGUGACGUGGUAUGACGUGGUAUGAGCUGGCCCGCGCGCUGCUGCUGGGUUGUCAGGGGCU